AAGUGAGAGAAGAAGUGGAGCGAAUGAAGUUGAAUGAAGUUAAAAGUGAAGAGAGAGUGAGAGAGAAAUAGAAAGAGAUCUGAAAGAGAUGAGCUCGGCGCAGAAGCAGGUGUGGGAAGGGGCCAUUCCGCUGCAGAUUCAUCUCCACGAAUCUGAAGUCACAACUCUUCCUCCUCCUCCACCAGCUUUGGUAUUCUUCUCGCGCCACACUCUUCCUAUUUCCGUGUUGGCUCCUCGGAUAGGUUACUUGCCUCUGUUGAUAUCGCUCGUGAAGCCUCACUUCAGCACCACGCUUCCCCCUGGACUUGACACCGUUUGGUUUGACUACAAAGGCCUUCCUCUCAAGUGGUUUAUACCGACCGGUGUUCUUUUUGAUCUUCUGUGCGUGGAGCCGGAGAGACCGUGGAAUUUGACGGUACACUUUAGAGGAUAUCCAAGUAAUUUAUUGCUUCCUUGUGAAGGUGAAGACAGUGUAAAGUGGAGCUUUAUUAACUCACUGAAAGAGGUCAGUUAUGUGAUAUCUGCUUUUUGGUGCCUGCCUUUAUUAUGGUACUUGUUUGAUUUAUAACAUGAUGCUUUGUGCCAGUUAAGCUUUUCAAAGAAGGUGUUUAUGCCCUUAUGCCCUCUAACAUGCAUUUUGUGCUAUUUUGAUUGAUCACGUCAGACUCAUAUCAUAUUUGGUUAUAUGAAGCUUUAAACAGAUCUCACCCUAGUCUGACACAUGGUUUAUUGGUAUAGGAUAGUAAGGAAAAUAUUGGAACUUGAUGAAAUUAAAAACUUGUUGAGGAUUUGUUAAGGUAAUGGUGGUUUUUUGCUGGAUUGGUGUGAUGCUUAUGGGCCAAGUUAGUGUGUUGUUUGACUGCUAUAAAAUGUGCUUUAAUGAUAAAAGUUAAUGAAUUGAUAGGCUUUUCUGGAAUAUCUUGGAUAGAACCUGCCGCUGCUUUCAAAUAAGGAGUUCUCUAAUCGAAGCUAUGAUGUUUUCAGUUCCUCCCAUACCUUGGAACAACUAAUAUUAUUCACUACUAUUCAAUAUGCAUUUGUGAUAAAAUUAGUAAUGUUAUAAUAAGGGUAGAGAUCUUUGAGCUCAGUUGUAGGUCAAAAUAGGUAUUUUAGUAAUAAUAUGCUAAGGUGAUGGGAAUCUGGAAGAUAAAAUCGGAAUAAGAUGUAUUUUAUUGGAAUGAAGAGAGCUCAAGGGCUAUUGUAGAAGUAGAAAAAAGAAACUAGAGCCUAAGCUCCUCAGAGAGAAUAUUCUUUUCCCUUCAAAGUACUUAAUAAACUAUGAAUUUCCCAACAGACCCCUUAUUAUUCUCUCUGCUUACUAUAUUCCCCUUUUAUCACAUGAUGUUAGGUUCCUUUAUUCGAGGAACCGAACCGAACAGCAGCUCUAUGCUCACACACACACUGACAGUAUAAAAGAAACAUGUAUGUAUAUGUAUUUCUAUUUCCUCUGUAAUGUGUAGAAAAGAAAAUACAAGUAUCAAUCUCUCUCCCAAGGAAGCCUCCCUUCCUCCACUGGCCAAGAGGUCCAG